GGGAAUGAAAGGUCCGGUGGCACAGAGGCCGUUUUCAUUCCCUACCCACAUUUGGAAGGAGCUCACUAUGACAGGGCAGAGUCUGAGGGCUUUAUCUGAAGCAAAUUUUGAAGACAAUGAGAUCAGCAUCAACGUUGGAGGCUUUAAGAAAAAGAUGAGAUCCAACACAUUAUUAAGGUUCCCCGAGACCAGGCUGGGCAAAUUGCUAAGCUGCCACUCAAAGGAGUCGAUACUGGAGCUUUGUGAUGACUAUGAUGACACCAAGAAUGAAUUUUAUUUUGACAGGAAUCCCGAGCUCUUUCCUUACGUGCUACAUUUUUAUAACACUGGCAAGCUCCAUGUGAUGGGCGAACUCUGUGUGUUUUCUUUCAGCCAGGAGAUUGAAUACUGGGGAAUCAAUGAAUUCUUUAUAGACUCCUGCUGCAGUUAUAGCUACCACGGGAGGAAAAUGGAGCCAGACCAAGAGAAAUGGGAGGAACAAAGUGACCAGGAAAGUACGACAUCUUCUUUCGAUGAGAUUCUGGCAUUCUACAAUGAUGCCUCUAAAUUUGACAAACAGCCCUUUGGAAACAUCAGGAGGCAGCUCUGGCUUGCUUUGGAUAAUCCUGGGUACUCAGUUUUAAGCCGCAUCUUCAGUGUCCUUUCAAUAGUGGUGGUGCUGGGCUCCAUUGUGACCAUGUGCCUGAACAGCCUCCCAGACUUCCAGAUUGUUGACAGCAACGGGAACCCCGAGGAAGACCCUCGCUUUGAAAUCGUGGAACAUUUUGGUAUUGCAUGGUUCACUUUUGAACUGGUGGCGAGAUUUGCAGUAGCUCCUGACUUUUUAAAAUUUUUCAAGCAUGCCCUGAAUUUGAUUGACCUAAUGUCUAUCCUUCCAUUUUAUAUUACAUUAAUUGUCAACUUGGUGGUGGAAAGCAGUCCGACUUUAGCAAAUUUAGGCAGAGUUGCACAAGUCCUGAGACUCAUGAGGAUCUUCCGCAUAUUAAAGCUUGCUAGACACUCCACAGGUCUCAGGUCUCUCGGAGCCACCCUGAAGUACAGCUACAGAGAGGUGGGGCUUCUUUUACUCUACCUCUCUGUUGGCAUCUCCAUUUUCUCAGUAGUGGCUUACACCAUUGAGAAAGAAGAGAAUGAGGGGUUAGCCACCAUCCCUGCUUGUUGGUGGUGGGCUACUGUUAGCAUGACCACAGUUGGCUACGGGGAUGUGGUGCCAGGGAGCACAGCUGGCAAGCUGACGGCAUCUGCAUGCAUCCUAGCUGGUAUCCUAGUGGUAGUGCUUCCCAUUACACUGAUCUUUAAUAAAUUCUCCCACUUCUAUAGGCGUCAGAAGCAGUUAGAGAGUGCCAUGAGAAGCUGUGAUUUUGGUGAUGGCAUGAAAGAAGUUCCAUCUGUCAAUUUAAGGGACUACUAUGCUUAUAAAGUUAAAUCCCUUAUGGCCAGUCUGACCAAUAUGAGCAGAAGUACCCCCAGUGAGCUGAGCCUGAAUGAUUCACUGCAUUAGUGUACAAGUCUGACAGCAGUUUGCAUGAGAACUGUCAAGAGCUAUGUUUAUAAAUGUUUUCCUAUUUGUUUUUUGGGUUUUUUUCCCUAGAAGAUAGUGUUGCUGACACUGCACUUUGCACUUGAGAAACUAAAGACAUUUCUAUUACAAGUUAACAGUUUGCACAUUUUCAUCCUGUUGCGCAAGGGUACUAAAUGUUGACUUUUCCAUACAAAUGUUACCACUUCCAUGACAUUAGUGCUAGUGGUAUAGUGAUGAUCUGUUACUUUGUGCAUUUUCUCAUCUGAGCAGAGAAAUGAAUGUACCCAAGUGGAAUAAAAAUUCUCAGCUGUGACACAAGUAAUGAAAAAAAUCACCUAUCACCUAUACUGGUGUCUGUACUAGUAUAGGACUUCCCAUGCAUUUCACAAUGGUUUGAAACAGCCACAUGUGAGUCACUGAUGCAAGAACACUUCUACCUAUAUUGCUGACCAGUAAUUCUGAUCAUCACUUGCCUGAAAACACCUGUAAGUUUGCUUACUCUUGAGUAUGUGUGUUAAAUCUGGGUGUUCUUCUGAAAUGGUAUGUAUAGUAAUAUUUUUCAGAAUCUCUUGGGCAUAGACCUUCCUCUGUUUCCAAUAUUAGCUCAAUACUGAGCCCUCUGAAGAAGGCCAUGCCUCAUUUUCAGAUAGCUUUAUAUUCCAAGACUACAUUUCCACAAGUGACUCGAGGUAUGAAGGCCCAUAUGGAGCUCUCAGGAUCCCAUUUCCAAGCUGCUCACAGCUUGGUCCCAGUGCAGCCGCAAAUGUAUUGUAUCAGUCCAUCAAAAUGGUUUUGAGAUUAGACACAUGAAGCUCUGGGCUUUAAACAAUUAGAAGCUCCAAUGAAAAACUUGGAUUUGAUUAUUGAAGUGAAAUAUUCCCACAUGAACAGCACAGGCAGCAUUUUAGGAACUGACAUUCAUAUACUGCAAAAAGACUAAUUAUAAAGAUGCCAUAUGUGAUGCUGAGAUAUAAAAUCUAAUUUUAUCAGUAAAGCUUGAAAGCAGGUGUUGAUGACAGACAAUUCCAUUUAAAUUUCUGCCAAGGAAUCUCUACGCAAAAAACCAUUUUCACUCUGAAAGAAACUCUCAAUUUACAGCUAAGGGAGAGUAUAAGGGCCUAAGAAGGGAACAGAUAAAGAGCUUAAUACUGCACUAUCUGUGGGUAGAUCCUCCUACCUACUUCUGUGAUGUAGUCAAUUUAAAUCCCUUCAAGGGCUGGCAUGUAAUUGUUAAAAAAAAAACCAUGAGAGAACAGAUCAUAUGCGAUUUCAAGAGUAAUAAUGAAUCUGCAUAGAGUUGUUUUUUUAGUGCUCAGUCUCCUCCCUUACACAAUUGUACAGAGAUUAAACACUUGUAGUCAACAGGCAGAAGCCACUGCUUCCCUCGUUUUACUUCUGUGCUAGAAAAACUACUGGUAGUCAACAGGCAGAAGCCACUGCUUCCCUCUUUUUACUUCUGUGCACUCAGAGAGCAGAACCCUAUUUUUCUUCAGAUCCUACUGCUUUUCCAUCCCAUGCAUUACAUAUAAUGUUCCAAUUAAUUUUUUUGUUACUUUUACUUGUGAAGACUAGAGAGGUGCAGAAAUUAAAUUCUAGCUAAUUAGAAGAGAAAUUAAAAUACUAACGCUGAAAUUGUCUUGUUUGGAAGAUUGUGUUUUUAAACCAUGACAAAGGGUGGUUCAACCAACAAAAUAAAGCACAUAUGGUAUGAAUAAGUAAUUGCCUCAUUUAGGCUAUUAGGGGUUGCAGCUUGGUCUGGAUCUUUUGAUGCUGUAUCAGGUCCACCUAAAAAACAGAAAGCUGAGCACCCAGGAUGGGAUUUCUGUUUGCCCAGUGAUCUAUGCCUAUACACAGUGUGUAGUUACUUACCCUCCAUUACUUACCCAUUCCCUCUGAACACCCUUCCUUCACAUCAGUAAGUAGCUGAUUUAGGCCAUGAAGUGUGAGGGGAAAAGGUCCUUUCCAGCCUUACCAAUUUUCAACACAGCCUGCACAAGUUGUAAGUCGAUUGGCAAGCCAUUGCUUGCUGUCCUUCCAACUGAAAGUGCCAUACACAUGGUCCUGAAGAUAGACCUGGAUAACCUGAAUUUGGUGUCCAAACUUGAAACAUUUUGCUAAGGUUUACACUUCUGGAUAGGGCUGGUUCAAUUCAAUUUAUACUGACUCCCAGGCAUAAAUUCAAUACUCCUGUCCCUGAUUCAUACUGCAUAUGUGCAAACGAUGACACACCCACAAAAAGCCACCUAACACAGGGAGCAGCGUGAGAUCACCUGUUGAACUGAAAUACCAAGAAAGAAACAAGGGGAGGAAGAGGUGGGUGUGGGCAGCACAUACCCUCCAGCCAGGUUACAUGCUGCAAGGGUGGCAAAUUCUCUCACUGAUGCAAAGGACGCUGCAAACUGUGUCUGUUGGUUGGGGCUUUUGAAGAACUCAGCUGCAAGCAGUGGUUUUAUCUCAGUUUCAUAAACAGUAGAUUUACAGAGCUGAAAACCAGGGACUUUCAGAGCAGUUAUUUGGUGAGACCUGUAGACUUGCCAAAGAGCCACAAAUUCCCUCAGCUGUUGCUAGUUUAACAUUGCAAAGGUUGGAUUUAACUUUGCAACACAUCAUUUCAAUAACCUAUAGCUUAUCUUAUGUUCUAGAUUUAUUAUUAUUUGUAGGGCUGAUGCUCUGUCGUUUCUGCAAAUAUUGACUGGAAUGUGUCCAAAUUGCAUUUUACUAAAGAAAAUGAAAUACCCAAGGAAUUCCAACUUUUAUUGUACUGGUUGAAAGGAAUUUUCAUUAUUGCAUUUUUAUAUAAGUGCUUUUGAUCAAAGACACUAAAUAAA